CGAGAUGUGUUGACAAGUGUCGAGCUUUCUGAAAUCAAUAUUGUUUUUUGUCUUUUUCAUUUUAGAUGUUAUUGCACCGAGUUAAAUACUUGAAACACACGGAUGAAUUUGUAGUCGGAAACGUCGGUAUUGUCACAUCCGCAUGCAUAUUCCGUGGGCUUGUGAAUUGCUCCAUCUCGCGAAUACAUAAAAUCAUCUCACUCAUAAUUUCCACCUAAGAGCAACAACAUGCAUCGGAGAGGAGUUGGUGCAGGCGCUAUAGCCAAAAAGAAGCUUGCAGAGGCCAAGUACAAGGAAAGAGGAACUGUUCUAGCUGAAGAUCAAAUUGUACAGAUGUCUAAACAGUUAGAGACCUUCAAGUCUCACCUGGAGGAAUUUGCCAGCAAGCAUAAACAAGAGAUUCGCAAGAAUUCCCAGUUCCGAGUCCAGUUUCAAGAAAUGUGUGCCACCAUUGGAGUUGAUCCACUUGCCUCUGGCAAAGGAUUUUGGUCAGAGAUGCUUGGUGUAGGGGACUUCUAUUAUGAGCUUGGUGUUCAGAUUAUUGAAGUGUGCCUUGCCCUGAAGCACAGAAAUGGAGGGCUCAUUACUUUGGAUGAACUUUAUCAAAGAGUGUUGAAGGGAAGGGGGAAAUAUGCUCAGGAUGUGAGCCAAGAUGAUUUGGUGAGAGCCAUAAAAAAGCUGAAGGCCAUGGGAAAUGGUUUUGGGAUGAUUCCUGUCGGUGGCUCUUACCUGGUACAGUCAGUCCCAGCAGAGCUCAACAUGGACCACACUGUGGUACUGCAGCUGGCUGAGAAGAAGGGCUUUGUUACGGCAUGCGAGAUCAAGGAGAGUCUUAAAUGGGAGCGAGAAAGGGCUUGUCAUGUGCUGGAUCACCUACUGAAAGAAGGGUUAGCCUGGCUAGAUUCUCAAGCUGCCGGUGAACCACAGUACUGGCUGCCUGCACUCUUCUCUGAGCUGUAUUCCCGUGAUAUCACACCUGAGGAGGUCAAUCAGAUGACACCUUGAGAGAUAUGGGGGAUGACUCACACUGUGGUCAGUCAGGUGUUGGUAAAUAAAAUGUGCCUAGGAGAAAAGGCUUACUUGAUGAACUUGGGCUGGUACAUUGGUGUUGGCAGGUGUUGUACAUUCCCUCUCAGAUCAUGUUUCUAGAUUCAAAGGGGGGGGGGGGGACUAUGCCCUGUCAUUUAUCUUCAGCUCCAAAGCAUACGCAACACACUUGUAAUAUAAAGGAGCAACUGGAAGCAGGACAUGGUACUCUUUACUUUGCACCACAACAUUACAGAUAUAAUUCAGUGUCAAGAUGUUAUGUUGUCUCUGGCAAGUCGGUUAUAGAGGGUCCGGUAGUUUAAAAACAUGUUAAAAUCCAUAUUGUUCUUACGUAUUGCAAUGUACUUUGUUUCCCAAGCUAACUUUUACUUUCUGCAAUGCAAAAGUUGAACAUAGUUUUCCUUUUCCUUUGUAACAGGGCAAAAAAAAAAAAAACUGUUGGGAUUAAAAAUAUCAGUUUAUAUAAA